AUGGCUGAUUCUACGAUCACACCGGUCACUAAGUGGCCGGACUACGCUGUCGAUCCAACAGGAGGUGAUCCUUUCACCAAGGACUUGAAUGCACCAUACGACAAGGGAGACUUGGCCUGGAUGCUAGUAUGCACGAUUCUUUGCUGGCAGAUUACACCUGCGAUCGGGUUUCUAUAUGCGGGCAUGCAUCGCCGAAAGGCUGCAUUGACAAUGGUCUUACAGUCUCUUUUCUGCGCUUGCGCGGUUGGUAUUCAGUAUUGGAUCUAUGGUUAUUCCCUGUACCAAAGCCGAACCACAAACCCGAUCCUUGGCGACUUAUCACUUGCGGCCUUCCACAAUGUCCUCGCUCAGCCGUCGCUUGCGAAUGGUGAUAUUCCUGAGCUUCUCUAUGCCGUCUUUGGUGUUACCUUUGUGACAGCAACCGCUAUGAUCUUGGCGGGAGCUAUGUUGGAGAGAGGCAGACUCUGGCCCAGUAUGGUCUUUCUUCUCUGCUGGACGACUUUUGUAUACUACAUUCUUGCGUACUGGGAAUGGAACCCAAGCGGAUGGCUCUACAACCUCGGCCUUUACGAUUUUGCCGGCUCAGGACCAGUUCAUAUCGCGAGUGGCUUUGGAGCCCUGGCAUGGUCAAUGAUGCUGGGACCUCGAAUUCCCGAUGCUACUAUCACCGAUCGAAAGAAAGCAGUUCAUUACAAGCCCCACAACCCUUUACUUAUGUGCUUCGGAACUGUCCUUAUUUGGUUUGGGUGGUUCGCUUUUAACGGUGGUAGUACGGCCAACCUCAGUCUUCGAUCCAUUUAUGUCGUUGUCAACACGAACAUGUCGGCAUGUGCUGGUGGCUUCGGCUGGGUUCUCCUAGGAUAUAUGCAUACACGCAAGUUCAGCCUUGUUGGAUUCUGUUCUGGAAUCAUUGCGGGACUUGUUGGUAUCACACCUUGCGCAGGCUUCACACCAAUCUACGUGGCACCAGUCAUUGGUCUUGUUACUACCGUCGGCUGUUUCUAUACCGUCAAGUACAAGUACCUCCUUUCAAUCGACGAUGGUCUGGAUAUCUUUGCCAUCCAUGGAAUCGGAGGCGUUAUUGGCGAUAUUCUGACAGGAUUAUUCGCCGCCAAGUUUGUCCCCGCUUUGGACGGUGUAUCUGGAGAUUCAUAUGAUGGUGGAUGGUGGGAAGGUAAUUACAAGCAGCUCGGCCUACAGUUGGCUGGCGCUGUUACCUGUGCUGCCUGGUCCUUUGUUGUCUCAUGCAUGUUACUCUUCGUCAUUAACAAGAUUCCUGGACUGCAUCUCAGAGCGAGUGAGGAGCAUGAGAUCCGAGGUCUGGAUUUCAAGUACCUCAGUGAUGUUGAGUGGGAGGAUCAUUAUAUGAAUGGCGGUAUCACGCCCAUUAUGGACGGUACACCAGUCAGGGUCGCAACGCCUGAACAAGUUGUUGAACCGAAGACUGAAGAGAGGAAGAGGGAUUGA